CGUCAGCAAAAUAGGAAGUUUGUAUCAUAAAAAAUCACCCUAGACGGUGGUUUAAAUUACAACAUAUCGGGAAUAUGACUUCGCUGACACAGGUAUAUUUUACCAUUUAAAAACGGAGAGAGGUGUUGUAAUUUUGUAUUACUUCUAGCGUUAAUGCACUGCCGCUGAAUGUUAACUGCUUUUUUGCCUCCCUCCCUCCCUCAUAUUUACAUACUACGCCGCUAUUGCCCCCCCUACAACCCUGCCAUACGUGUAAUGUUUAACAUCGCAGGUUAUGCAUAUUUCCACACCUUCUUUUACCUGUACGCAAACAAGGAAGUGAAUUGAUAGUCUGUGGCAUGUCUGAAGUGCAGCGUGUCAGGUACACCUCAACAGCCGAAACCACAGUGAAGACUAAUGGGUUUAGUACGAUACAGCCUUAUUCUCCUUUUCUUCUACGCGAAGGAGCACGCGGAAGGAUCGUGCUCAGUUCGCACCGCAAUGACCUGCUACGAGUGCUUGGAGCUUGGGCCACACUGUGCGUGGUGCACGCAGGAGAAUUUCACUGACUUGUUAUCAGUCAGUGAAAGGUGUGACACUCCAGAAAAUCUUUGGCUCAAAGGAUGUGCAGAGAGCUUCGUUGAGUUUCCAGUUUCAAGUGCUGUGAUUCAGAAAAAUGAAUCCUUAGGCGCAGGAGGGGAACAUAAUAAUAUUACUCAAAUAGCACCGCAGAAACUGGGCCUGAAAUUAAGACCAGGUAGUGGGAUCACAUUCCAAGUGGAUGUUCAGCAAGCUGAAGAUUACCCUGUUGAUGUGUAUUACUUAAUGGACUUAUCAGCCUCCAUGAUCGAUGACCUACAAAUGAUUAAGGAGUUGGGUUCCACACUUUCCAAAGAAAUGGCUUCCCUUACAAGUAACUUUAGGCUUGGCUUUGGUUCUUUUGUUGAGAAGCCAGUGAUGCCGUAUAUUAGAACAACACCUGAGGAAUUAGAAAACCCUUGCAGGAGUGUAAAUAAUCAUUGCCUGCCUACAUUUGGAUAUAAACAUUUAUUAUCUCUAACUGAUAGUGCUGAAAAAUUCAAUGAAAUUGUCAGAAAUCAGCAAGUCUCAGCUAAUCUUGACAUCCCAGAAUGUGGAUUUGAUGCCAUUAUGCAAGCAGCUGUUUGUGGGGAUAAGAUUGGCUGGAGAAAUGAUUCAAUGCAUCUCCUGGUGUUUGUAAGUGAUGCUGACUCGCAUUUUGGAAUGGACAGCAAAAUGGCAGGGAUUGUCAUCCCCAAUGAUGGAGAGUGCCAUCUGGACCACAACAAUGAAUAUGCCAAAUCCACCCUUUUGGAGUAUCCUACACUUGGCCAGCUCAUAGAUAAACUGGUGGAAAAUAACAUUCUUGUUAUUUUUGCUGUGACAGAGAAGCAGAUAAAAGACUAUGAGAAUUAUGCUAAAAUGAUUCCUGGAGCUACAGUUGGGAAACUGCAGAGUGAUUCCAGAAACAUCCUUCAAUUGAUUAUGACUGCAUAUAAGGAAUUAAGAUCAGAAAUUGAACUGGAAGUCAUUGGUGACACAGAGGAUUUACAGAUUUCAUUUACUGCAAUUUGUAAUGAUGAAGUCAUCCUUCCUGGACAGAAGAAAUGUUCACAUCUUAAAGUGGGAGAUAAGGUAUCAUUCAAUGUAACAGUGGAGUUAACUGACUGCUUGAAGAAGCACAAGCACUUUAUGAUUAAGCCAGUGGGAUUCCAAGAUGCACUGGAAGUAGAGAUUGAAGCCCUCUGCACUUGUGCCUGUCACAAUGAAAUUGAGCUGAACAGUUCCAGAUGUAGUGAGGGCAAAGGCACUUUUGAAUGUGGUAUGUGCAGGUGCAACCUUGGCUACAUGGGCCCACACUGUGAGUGCACUGAAGAAAGUAUACAGACAAGUGACUGCAAACGAGAUGAGAAAGGAGAUUCAUGCAGUGGCCAGGGGGAAUGCUACUGUGGGCAAUGUGUUUGCCAUCCAUCUAGUUUUGGACGUAUCUAUGGAAAUUACUGUGAAUGUGAUGAUUUUUCCUGUGUAAGGUUCAGAGGUCUUCUUUGUGGAGGACAUGGUGACUGUGACUGUGAAAAAUGUUCGUGUCACAGUGGUUGGACAGGAGAGUACUGUAAUUGCACCACAAGUGUGGAGAAUUGCAUUACUGAAGACGGGGACCUCUGUAAUGGAAGAGGAGAUUGCAUUUGUGGAAAAUGCAUUUGCUCUGACCAAGGAGCGUCGGGUGAUAAAUGUGAACGAUGCCCAACAUGUGGUGAUAAUUGUGGUUCAAAGAGAAACUGUAUUGAAUGUCACUUGUUUUCAAAAGAUGAAGUAAGUGAGAGCUGUAAUGAAUUAUGCAGAACAGCUCACACUACAGUAAUAACAGCAGCAGAUUUUGAAGACAACAGAUCAAUAUCUUGCACAUUACAGAGUGAAAAUGAAUGUAUUGUUUCAUUCGAUAUGACUACUGAUGACAAUGGGAAAAAUGUUAUUUAUAACUUACAAAAAAUUGAUUGUCCUGAACCUCCAAAUAUCCCAAUGAUAAUAUUAGGAGUCUCCAUGUCAAUCCUUACAAUAGGAAUUAUUCUUCUAAUUAUUUGGAAACUUCUUGUAUCUGUUCAUGAUCGUAAAGAAGUAGCUAAAUUUGAAGCAGAGAGGGCAAAAGCUAAAUGGCAAACGGGAACAAAUCCACUUUUCAGGAGCUCCACUACUACUUUCAAGAAUGUGACCUACAAAAAUUCUGGAAAACAGAAAGUUGACAUUUGUUCAGAUCCUUUUUGACGACAUACAGUAAAUAUUCUGUACAACUAAAGCUGAUUGCACUGGACAGGGAAAUACAUUUUGUAUUUCUCUGCAGGCCGUUACUAGUUUAACUAACUUUUUAUUUGUGUGGGUGUGUAUAUGUAUUUGAGUGCAAUGUAUUUUCAAACAUUCUAAUUUUUCAGCAUGAAAAAUAUGCAGUAAAUGACUGAGUACUGGAAGUAAAGGUGCAUUAUAAUUACAAGCCUUAGUUAAAAUGAUACUAAGGAUGUAGGGGUCUAAUAAAGGUUACUGUUGAAAGUAACUGACACUUGAAACUGUGGUACUGUGCUUAUACCAUAUGUAAAUAUUUCAAAAAUUAAAUUUACAUCAAUACCUUUCACUUCAGGGACUUUAUGAAAUUCUGUUUAAUAAAAUACAAAGUAAACUGAAAAACUACUGAAAAAUUACUUUCAGUUUUAAAAUUAUACAAAAACACUACAUAUUUUUACCUUGACAUGUUUAGAACAAACAUGUUAACUAUCCAUAUACAUUAAGAACAUGCUAACCCAUAAAUACAUCUAGAAUAAAGUAUUUAUUUUUAUUUAGAGAAGUCAAGAACUAUUUUUCUUCUACAUGGCUCUUGUGAUACUACUGACAAAAUUCUAAUAUGUGAACACUGGAUUUUAAUUACAAAAAAAUUAGUUUAUCUUUUUAAUACCUUUUGUUUCCUGCAAAGCAGGGACACUUUUUAAAUAAAAUAGCAAAAAAAUAUAUUAUAUAUAUAUUGUAAAUAGAACAGGUUUUUUUUUUGUUAAGGCUGUGCCUUACAUUGUUCAAAACUAAGUUUUGUAAUGUAAAUAUAUUUGUUUUUAUAAUUGUUUAGAUGUGUAAAGUUUGUGAUAAACUUUUUAUAUGUUUUUGCUUGUUUGUUUUAUAGAAAGACAGAGUUUAAGUUAUGUUUCUUCAGUGUUUUGCAUACAAUGUUAAUUUCACCUUGGGUAAGCCCCUUGUGCCUCUUGCUUCAAGCAAACAGAAAUAGUAUUGUCCAUUUACAAAAUAAAUGGAUUGACAUUUUCUGUGUAGUUUCAGAUUUACAAAAAAUAAAAUGGUAUGAAAAUACAUCCAAGGA